AAGGCAAAAGGAAGAAUGGCUUCAAUUUCAGCAAUGGCAUGGUCGCCCUGCCUUUCCAGUCGAGCCUCCACACCCUGUGCUUCUCUCACGUUCCUCACCGGCUCAACUGCAAGGAAGAGCUCCGUGUCUCUCAGCGGUGGCGCUGCCCCGCGUUCCCCGUUGCUUCACUGCUCCUUCAUCUCUUCCUCCUCCAUCGCUUCCGCUUCCGCGUUCUCGGGUUUAUCUUUGGGGUUGGAUUUGAGCUCUACUGUUGGGGUUGGAAGAAGAAGAGGCUCUGGCUUGGUGGUAAGGGCCGGGAAGGCUGCCCUGUGUCUAACCAAGAGAAGUAGGUCCAGGAAAUCCUUGGCUCGAACUCAUGGCUUCCGGAGACGCAUGAGAACCACUGGUGGGAGAGCAAUGAUGAAGCGCCGACGUGCUAAGGGGCGGAAGGUCCUCUGCACGAAGAGCAAUCCCAGUAGUGGAAAACGUGCCUGAUUGUGUCUUUUCAUAUUCAGUUUAUUAGGUAAGUGCAAUGGCAUGUAAGGUAAUGAUGUCCAAUAGCUUAUUCUUGUGAACAAAGGCAGAAUUUCAAACUUACUUAUCAUGAUACCUUUUGUAUUGUUUCAUUUGGAAAGGCCAAUUUUUUUUUUUUUGUUUGAAUCAGAACCCAUUUUGCAUAUCCAUUUUGUUCUGUUAGCUUUGUUGUAAGAACUCAUUUUCGGCUAUCCAUAUCACUAAAUUUAUCAAUACCAAA